AUGGCGGAUGUGAUGCGGUGUCUGGUGCUCUGCUGUGAUGGCGGAUCACAGCAAAGCCGGCAAGCUGGAGCUGUCUCACUCUGCCUGAAGAUUGCGAGGCGUUUAGUCGAGGCAGAGCUCCUGCGGGAGUCAGAACUUGUAGUCUUACUCAACCUUCUGCGAGAACAGGUUCAGCGGGAUCCCUCAGAGUUGGCAACGCAAAUACUUC